AUGGUACCUCACGGUAGUGCUAGUCAAAACGAUUGGAGUGUUGUGGAUUGGAGUCGGAUUCCUCCGCCAGUCGACGAUGGUGGGACGGAUCACCUACAACCCGGCUUGGUUCUUCCGUCCCUACCGCAGGGCACUCACUUGGUCUCCACCGAUGGCGCACGGAUUGAUCCUUCCCGGCUUCCGGGACGUACCGUCCUGUAUGCAUUCCCCAUUACGGGUCGACCGGAUCAAGAUUUGCCCCGCGGCUGGGAUAUGAUUCCCGGUGCUCGGGGUUGUACUCCCCAAUCUUGUGCGUUUCGUGAUCACUUUCGGGAACUGCAAACUUUGCGUGUACAGCAUAUAUUUGGCGUGUCCACGCAGACGCCCGAGUAUCAAACAAAAGCCGUGGCUCGAUUGCAUUUGCCCUUUUCUUUACUGUCGGACCAGGACCUGGUAUGCGCCAACCUGUGGAAGUUGCCUACUGUGCAAGUCGAAGGUCGUACUCUUCUCCAGAGGGUGACUCUUAUUAUAGACGAUGGCGUCGUGAAAGCCAAGUUUUAUCCUAUUUUUCCUCCCAAUCAAAACGCUCUUCGGGUGAUUCAAUGGCUAACACACGAGGAGUAG